UCAGAUCAAACCAUCAUUUCAACGGAUGAGAUUGAGUUUGCGAGUGGCCUCUGUGUUUUUAGGCUUCGAGAUCUUUCUCGUAGGGGUCAAAAGUGCUUUGAACACUCGUUGAUAUCGGAAGCUUGGAUCUCCGUGAAUCGAUCGGAAACUAUGGCGGAGGAGCAAAAGCACGAGGAAUCUGCGCUGGCUACGGAACCGGCGGUGGAAGUAGUGGAAAGGGAAUCGUUGUUGGACAAGAUAUCGGAGAAGAUCCACCACGGCAGCGAUUCGUCGUCAUCGUCUGAUGACGAGGACGAGAAGAAGGCAUCUUCUCCAUCUUCUCUCAAGGCAAAGGUUUACCGCUUGUUCGGGAGGGAGAAGCCUGUGCACAAGGUUCUCGGCGGCGGGAAACCGGCAGAUAUAUUCAUGUGGAGGAACAAGAAGAUGUCGGCUAGUGUACUUGGCGGUAUAACAGCUGUCUGGGUGUUGUUCGAACUGGCGGAGUACCACCUUCUCACUCUGCUCUGCCAUGUCUUGAUUGCUGUCAUCGCUGUGUUGUUCCUAUGGUCUAAUGCAAGCAUGUUUAUUCACAAGUCCCCUCCAAAGAUUCCGGAAGUUCACAUCCCUGAAGAACCAAUUCUCCAGCUUGCUUCUGGGCUCAGAAUUGAGAUCAACCGGGCAUUCACUUGUUUGCGAGACAUUGCUUCUGGAAGAGAUCUCAAGAAGUUUCUCUCCGCUAUUGCUGGCUUGUGGGUGCUGUCGAUCCUCGGGGGCUGCUGCAACUUCUUGACAUUGUCCUAUAUCGCUAUGGUGAUGCUCUUCACCAUCCCGGUACUGUACGAGAAGUAUGAAGACAAGGUGGACGCAUACGGGGAGAAAGCAAUGGUGGAGAUCAAGAAGCAGUAUGCGGUUUUGGACGAAAAGGUACUAAGCAAGAUCCCGAGGGGACCGUUGAAGGGCAAGAAGAAGGAUUAGGACAGGGAGAUAUUGUCUGGUGUUUGGGAAAGGUGGUGUUUGUGAAAUCGUGGUGCAGUUAUCAGAUUGAUGUCUAAUUUUGUUUUUCUGGGGGGGUCAGCGUGAAUCGGAUACUUUUGUUUGCUUUCUUUUUGUUCUGUGUUUAUGUGACUCUGAUGCUUCCGCUGUGAGGCAAUUCCUUUUGUAAGGAGGUAACUAGUUUGUACUCG